AUGAACAACAACAACAGAAUAGGAGUUGAUGAUGAUUCUGAAACAGUUACGUCGGAUGCAACUCAACCAAAAAAAUUAUGUGAAUAUUUGAAAAAAAGAAAAGUGAUGUGCAUCAUAUUUAUUAUUAUUGUACUUGUUAUAAUUAUAACAGUUUCAAUUGUUAUCGCCAAAGCAAAAAAGACAAACGGUGAAAAAACAUCAAUAACAGAAGAAAUGGAAGUAACAACAGAACCGACCACGACAACAUCAACAACAACAUCAACAACAAUAUCAACUACAACAACAAUAAAUCCAUGUACAACUGGUAACUAUACUUGGAAUACAUCAGGAAUUACUAUACUCGAUUCAUCACAAGUAACACAUGUCGUGGAUAUCUACAUAGACUCAAAUAAUAAUUUAUAUAUUACGGAUGAGCUUACUAGUACUGUUGUAUGGAGAUUACUGGAGAAUGCUACAAGUGCAACGGUAGUUGCUGGAAUAAAAGACUCAAAGGGAUCAAGUAAUACUCAACUAAAUUUUCCUCAAGGUGUCUAUGUUGAUACAAAUGGAACUAUGUAUGUAUCUGAUUUCUAUAAUCACCGCGUACAAAAAUAUAUUAACGAAUCAAACAUUGGAAUCACUAUUGCUGGUCGAAGUUGGUCAGAUGGAUCUUCAUUAAAUCAAUUGAAUGGUCCACGAUAUAUUACUCUUGACUCGACACAAGCAUAUAUAUAUAUCGCUGAUGGUUAUAAUCAUCGUAUUAUGCGCUACUCAACAAAUUCGAUCUCAGGUGACAGCGGAACUCUUGUCGCUGGUGGAACUAGCCAAAGAAACACUGACACAUCAUUAAACUUACCAUGGGGUAUUUGGUAUCAGCCAUCUGUAAGUAGCGAUUUAUUUAUCACAAAUCAUGAUGGACAUUCAAUAAUGCGAUGGACACCUGGUGCUCCUUCAGGUACUUUCAUUGCCGGUGUGCCAGGUAAAAGCGGCUCUAGCUCUACUCUUUUACAUGGUCCGAUGGGUAUCAGGCUUGACAAAUAUCUAAAUAUGUUCGUUGUUGAUCACUUUAACCACAGAAUUCAAAUGUUUUGUGCCAACAGUAAAACAGGUAUUACCAUUAUUGGAACUGGUAUUUCUGGUAGUACUGCAACGACAUUAUAUGAACCAAGAGGUAUUGAAUUUGACUCAGAUAUGAACAUGUAUAUUACUGAUUAUGGUAACAUGCGUGUGCAAAAAUUUUUGAAACUAUAA